AUGGGCCCCUGUUACAUCUGGAGUGCCUCUAGCACUAUUCUUGGACUAUUUCUCUUUGUUGUCUUCAUUGCUGAUGUUCCAGAAGUCAUCACGGAUGGAACUUUAUCAGAAUUAUUUGCAGACGACACUAAGGGUUACAGGAAUAUAACAUCAGGAAGUGAAUUUGAUCUUCUACAGAAAGUAUUAACCAACCUGGAUUUAUGGAGUCGGAACAACAACAUCAAAUUUAACUCGUCGAAAUGCAAAGCAUUAUCUGUGACGCGCAAAAAAAACUCCAAUAUAGUAUGA